UAGCUUGCUGAUGACGCAUUCUCAGCGACACGCGCUCCGUUCUUCACGGUAUUAGCAGUAGCUACGCUGUGUCUUUUCGCUACUUUCUUUCCAACUUUUAGUGAACAAGUGGGAACAAGAGCGAUGUCUGCCGCCGUAGUACAGGGUCGGAAGAGGAUCCUGAAGGAUGAGGACAUGACCAAGGUGGAGUUUGAGACUAGCGAGGAGGUGGACGUCACCCCCACCUUCGACACCAUGGGCCUAAGGGAGGACCUACUCCGCGGCAUCUACGCUUACGGUUUUGAGAAGCCGUCAGCCAUUCAACAGAGAGCCAUCAAGCAGAUCAUCAAAGGCAGAGACGUCAUCGCCCAGUCUCAGUCUGGAACGGGAAAGACGGCCACCUUCUGUGUGUCAGUGCUGCAGUGCCUGGACACGCAGGUAAGAGAAACUCAGGCGUUGAUCCUCGCUCCAACUAGAGAACUCGCUGGACAGAUCCAGAAGGUGCUGCUGGCUCUGGGGGAUUACAUGAAUGUUCAGUGCCAUGCUUGCAUUGGUGGCACAAAUGUGGGUGAGGACAUCAGGAAGUUGGAUUUCGGUCAACAUGUAGUUUCUGGAACGCCGGGACGAGUUUUUGACAUGAUCCGUCGCAGGAGUCUUCGUACGAGAGCCAUCAAGAUGUUGGUGCUGGACGAGGCUGACGAGAUGCUCAACAAAGGGUUUAAGGAGCAGAUCUACGAUGUGUACCGCUACCUGCCCCCCGCCACUCAGGUGGUGCUGAUCAGUGCCACGCUGCCGCACGAAAUCCUGGAGAUGACCAACAAGUUCAUGACCGACCCCAUCCGCAUCCUGGUCAAACGUGACGAGUUGACUCUGGAAGGAAUCAAACAAUUCUUUGUGGCCGUGGAGAGAGAAGAGUGGAAGUUUGACACACUGUGUGACCUUUACGACACACUGACCAUCACACAGGCCGUCAUCUUCUGUAACACCAAGAGGAAGGUGGACUGGCUAACUGAGAAGAUGAGGGAGGCCAACUUCACAGUGUCGUCGAUGCAUGGUGAUAUGCCACAGAAGGAGCGCGAGUCCAUCAUGAAGGAGUUCCGAUCAGGAGCCAGUCGUGUGUUGAUCUCGACGGACGUUUGGGCUCGUGGUCUGGACGUUCCUCAAGUGUCCCUCAUCAUCAACUAUGACCUACCCAACAAUCGAGAGCUGUACAUCCACAGGAUCGGCCGAUCAGGUCGUUACGGCCGAAAGGGUGUGGCCAUCAACUUUGUGAAGAACGAUGAUAUCAGGAUCCUGCGGGACAUCGAGCAGUACUACUCCACCCAAAUUGACGAGAUGCCCAUGAACGUUGCUGACCUCAUCUGAUUUAAUGGCAGCCCCGUCCCUUCUAACUUUUUUUUGUGUGUCUUUUAGAGCAAACACUUUUUUGAUAGCUGUGAUAUUUUUUUGUAAAUAAAGUUCUUUUGGCUCCGCA